AUGAAGAUCGGACGUCGACGCGCACAAAUCUUUCUCUUCCUUCUCGCCUCCAUUAUUUCCUCCGAGGCCUCAUUGGCCGCCCUUCCACGAGAAUUGUCACCGGCCAAAAAUUUCCAGAACGCUCGUUCCUUGGGAGAAGUGGUUGCGGUGUCAGGAGGGAGUGCAAAGUCCAAUCCGGUGGGCACCGAGCAUGCUCCCGUCGAUGGAAAAGAUGGAAUGCCACAUGAUGGGCCAUUUGUCGAGACCAAUGCUGAGCGAACGAGGAAAAAGACCCAAGGGCCGGGGUCUGACGAUGACCUUGUUAUCGAAGAUCCGGAUGUGAAGACAAACUACAAGGACCAAUAUUCCGAUGCCGAUCUACCACAGUCCAACGACGCGGUAAUGGACGACCGCGUCAGAUCCAGUCCGGCCGAAGGUACGAGGGGUGUCGAAGGCGGCAUCUCGGAGAAGUCCAAAGAUGGAAAAUUCACGGAUAAGAAACCCGACCCUCCCAAGGAUGCGAGGCCAUUACCACACAGUGAAGUUGAAAACAUUAAAGACGCGGAUGGUCCUGACCUAAAGACGGUGCUGGACGAGGAGUCCAAGAAGAUCCUCGCGGCUCCUACCGACCUCCCAGAGAAGCCUCAUGAUAUUCCUCACCCGGAGAACCCUUCAUCACCAAAGGACAGCAUGUUUUCAGCGGAGAGUGUUGAGAGGACAUCCAACUCAAAGGAACCUGAAAGUGCCGUCAUUCAGCCCCUCCACUCCCUCGUCCUCUCCUUCACCAUGAUCAUCUUCUCCGAGAUUGGCGACAAGACCUUCCUCGUUGCCGCUCUCAUGGCCAUGCGCCAUCCGAGACUGGUGGUGUUCACAGCCGCAUUCUCCGCCCUCAUCACCAUGACUGUACUAUCGGCCAUCCUGGGCCAUGCCGUCCCCACCUUGAUCCCCAAGGCUCUGACCAACUUUGCUGCGGCAUGCUUGUUUCUGGUCUUUGGAGUGAAAAUGUUGGUCGAAGCGCGAGGCAUGAGUCCAGAUGAAGGCGUCAGUGAAGAGAUAAAAGAAGUCGAAAUGGAGCUGGAAGAGAAAGAACAUGAACAACGGAGAAAGUCCCGCCGGCGCUCCUCCAUAUCGCCUUACGUUCUGGAAUCGGGCCGCGCCGGAAUCGGAAGGAAACAUACCAACAGUCGUCUCCCAUUUCCACCAGAAAGUCCUCCCAGUUCACGCGAGGUUUCUCCGACUCGACAGUCGACGCUGAAAAAUGUGCUUUCCGGCAUCAACAAUUUGUGCUCAUUACUCCUCAGCCCGGCCUGGGUCCAGACGUUCGUCAUGACUUUCUUGGGUGAAUGGGGUGAUAGGUCACAGAUUGCCACCAUUGCUAUGGCCGCGGGUCAAGAUUACUGGUGGGUCACGGCCGGUGCUUUGGGUGGACACGCCAUUUGUACUGCCGCGGCGGUUUUAGGUGGGAAAGCGAUUGCGGGCAGAGUCAGUUUGAAAACAGUCACCAUGGGCGGUGCGAUUGCAUUCUUGGUGUUUGGGGUAAUUUACUUGCUCGAGGCUGUGUAUUGA